GGCAUGGCCCCACAAUCACACGCAGAAGCUGAAAAGGAAGUGGAUCGGGUAACCGGGUCAGAUCACAAAUCUCAAGAUUCAAUUUUUACUUCUGAACCAAGUAUCUAGCUCAAGAAGAGAUUUUGGGGUUUGAUGUGUGUAUAGUUCUUGACAAUGUCCUCAGCUCAAGAUCCAUUUUACAUUGUGAAAGAAGAAAUUCAAGAUUCUAUUGAUAAAUUGCUAAGUAGUUUUCACAAAUGGGAACAAAUGGCAUUGGAUGCUGUGGAUCAUGGCCAUCUUACAAAGGAGCUGCUUGCUGGUUGUGAGAGUAUUCAGUGGCAGGUGGUUGAGUUGGAGAAGACAAUUUCUGUAGCAGCCAGGGAUCCUUCUUUGUAUGGACUCACUGUAGUGGAGCUUGAAAAACGAAGGAGGUGGACCAGCACUGCCCGAACCCAGCUGAGCAAUGUCAAGAAUGCAGUAGUGGCUGGAAAGGAAAUGAACGGCACAGGUAACAUCAGUGCGAGUGCAACACGUCGUGAACUUAUGAGGCUACCAGAUUCUAAUCAGACAGAUAGAUCCAAUCAGUAUAUUGCCAGAAACAAUGAUGAUUUCAUAUCAUCAGAGUCGGACAGACAGUUACUUCUCAUAAAGCAACAGGAUGAAGAACUAGAUGAGCUCAGUGCGAGUGUAGAAAGAAUUGGAGGUGUUGGGCUUACUAUACAUGAAGAACUCCUUUCACAGGAGAAAAUAUUAGAUGAGUUGGGUAAUGAAAUGGAUAGUACAUCAAAUCGUCUUGAUUUUGUUCAAAAAAAGGUUGCUAUGGUUAUGAAGAAAGCUAGUGUGAAAGGACAGCUGAUGAUGAUAUUUGCCCUAAUUGCUCUCUUUAUUAUUUUAUUUGUUUUGGUUUUUGUAACUUAGGUUAGAGGAUGAGCCUCCUUGACAAUGUGCCAUUUUUACAUAAUUAGUAAACAAAUUUAUAAAAUAAGCUUAAAAUUCAAUUAUAAAUGAGUGUUUGAAUUGA